AUGAACUUCAAAGACAAGUUCAGAAAGGUGUUCCACCGGAGUUCCAAUAGCCACUCCAAAUCGAAAUCCAACGGAAAUGGCAAUGGCAAUGGCAAUGGCAAUGGGAUCAAGAUCGAGUACUACAAACGCGGUGAAAUUCCGCCGUCCAAAUUUCGCGGCCCCUUCGAUCCUGAACACCAAAAGAGAUUGGCCGCCUGGUCAUUCGAGGCUGCGCAGGCCGAGCGCCCCCGCGCAUUAGACCCCCCGCUGUCUCCCUGUACAACAUUAUCGGAGUACUUGAACCCGCGUCAUGGCGACAGUGAGGACGAAGGCGUGGCUCCAGACCAGAUCUGCGAGACAGCGCCUCCAGAGGUGGGAUUGAUUGACUCUUCCGCCACUGUUUCCCACCACGAAUUCGCUCCGGGUCGACAGGAAGAAUCUUCGGGAUCGUCGUCUUCUACAGCCGUCGAAUCGAGCAGUUAUAGUGAUUCGACGAUGACUCUGUACUCUGACGAUGCUCGAAUGGAUUCCAUUGCGCAAAUCAAGGAGUCGGUACGGUACACCUCACCGAUCCAUCGCGCCGUGUCACCGCCGCCGCCAACAUACACAAAGGGUACCUUGAUGCCUUUCUCACCAGAUGAUCUGAGUAGAGCGUUGAACGCCGUUCAGAUCUGCUCGUAA